AUAUUUACAAACCAACAUACCUCACAAAUUCGACAACGAAAUUAUCUACGAUCCUUGCUUAAGAUCGUCACAGUUAUCAUUGAUCACCAUUAACGUACUACUCUAGAUCUCUCUGUCUCUCCCAUUUCUUUUCCAUGGAGUUGGAAAGCAUGCCCCAGUUUCUUGAGAACAAGACUAUUUUAGUCACUGGUGCUACUGGCUUUCUAGCAAAAGCUUUUGUGGAGAAAAUACUGAGAGUGCAACCAAAUGUCAAAAGGCUUUAUCUUCUCAUAAGAGCUUCAGAUGUUGCGUCUGCCACAGAACGCUUGCAUAAUGAGGUCAUUGGAAAGGAUUUAUUUAGAGUUGUUCGGGAGAAGUGGGGUGUGAAUCUAGAUUCAUUUAUAUCUGAAAAGAUUAUCGCGGUUCCGGGUGAUGUCUCUUAUGAGAAUUUGGGAGUCGAAGAUUGUAAACGAAGAAAGGAUAUGUGCAAAGAGAUAGACAUCAUCCUAAAUUCUGCCGCUACCACAGACUUUGAUGAAAGAUAUGACGUGGCACUGGGCAUCAAUACAUUUGGCGCUUUGCAUGUUUCGGGCUUUGCCAGGAAUUGUAUCAACUUAAAAGCUCUCCUCCAUGUAUCAACCGCCUAUGUGUGCGGCGAAAAGAAGGGGCGCAUACUAGAGAGGCCAUUUCAAAUGGGAGAGACGCUCAAUGGAACCUCAAGAUUAGAUAUCAAAGCAGAGAAAGAAGUUGCGGAGGAGUACCUAAACAAACUGCGACUACUAGGUGCCACUGACACAGCCAUCACAUCCGCCAUGAAGGAUCUUGGAAUUAAAAGGGCAAAACUAUUUGGAUGGCCAAACACCUAUGUCUAUACAAAGGCAAUGGGAGAGAUGCUCUUAGGACGCUUUAGAGAGAACCUGCCCCUUGUUAUCAUACGUCCCACCAUGAUAUCCAGUACUUACAAAGAGCCAUUUUCUGGUUGGAUUGAAGGCGUGAGAACCUUUGACGGCGUAAUUGUUGCCUACGGUAAAGGGAAAUUGAAAUGCUUUCUUGGCCAUCGUGAGACAAUCUUAGAUAUAAUACCAGCAGAUAUGGUGGUAAAUUGUAUGAUUGUGGCCAUGGUGGCUUGUGCAAAUCAGUCUUCUGAGAUCAUCCUUCAUGUGGGGUCUUCUUGGAGAAAUCCAAUAAAAUUUUCAAGUUCUAGAAAUUACAUCCGUCGGUACUUCACUGAAAAUCCGUUGGUUAGUAAAAAUGGAAAAUCAAUCAAAGUCGGCAAGGGGAUAGUGUUGAACAGUAUGGCUAGUUUUCGUGCAUACAUGGUUAUUCGAUACAUACUUCCACUCAAGGUAUUUGAGAUAGUGAAUGCAGUGAUUUGCCAAUACAAGUAUAAGGAUAUGAUUAUUGAUCUUAAGAAGAGGAUAAAGUCAGGGAUGCGAUUGGCUGAACUUUACAAACCAUAUGUGUUCUUUACUGGCAGAUUUGACGACUCCAACACAGAAAAGCUACGAAUGGCGACAAGUGAGAGUGGUGUCGAUGCACAUUUAUUUGGCUUUGAUCCCAUGUGCAUUGACUGGGAAGACUACCUUUUGAAUACUCAUAUUCCUGGCCUCAAAAAGUACGCAUUGAAAUGAUAACUUGAAGGAUUCGAUGUUUUCACUACGCAUGAUGUGUUAUGUUUAGAAACUUCAUUGAACUGUAUUAGUUAAUUACUUACUGUUGCAUAAAAUAAAUGAAAUUAAAAUUCCUUGAAGUGUAUUAGUUA